AUGAAUUAAAUUUUGUAAAUACCUCCAAAGUAUUAUGCAAAUUUCAAUAAGAGUCAACCAAAGGAAUAUUGGGAUUAUGAUAAUUUUGAGAAUGAAUGGGGAGUAUAAACAAAAUAAUUAAUAUUUAUAGGAUAGUGAUUAAUAUGAAGUGAUAAGGAAGAUAGGAAGAGGGAAAUAUUCAGAUGUAUAUGAAGGAAUCAAAUAUCCAUAAGGGACAAGAGUAGUAAUAAAAGUGUUGAAACCAGUGAAGAAAUAGAAAAUAAAAAGAGAAACUAAAAUAUUACUCACAAUUAGAGGUCAUCCAAAUGUUAUAGAAUUGUCAGACAUUGUUAGAGAUCCAUCAUCUAAAACACCAUGUUUGAUUUUUGAUUACAUUGAUCAUGUUGAUUUUAGAAGUUUGUUCCCUAAAUUAACUGAUAUUGAAAUAAGAUUCUAUCUUUUCGAAUUAAUUAAAGCCUUAGAUUAUUGUCAUUCAAAAGGUAUAAUGCAUAGAGAUGUAAAACCAUAAAAUAUAAUUGUGGAUCCAAAAAAAAAAUUGUUAAAAUUACUUGAUUUUGGUUUGGCUGAAUAUUAUCAUCCAGGAUAAGAUUAUAAUGUUAGAGUAGCUUCACGUUAUUUUAAAGGACCAGAAUUAUUAGUUGAUAAUGUAUAUUAUGAUUAUUCAUUGGAUAUAUGGAGUACUGGAGCAAUGAUGGCAUCUAUGGUAUCUAAUUAACAUAAUCUUAGAUCUUUAAAAAAGAACCAUUUUUUUAAGGAUAAGAUAAUUAUGACUAAUUAGUUGUGAUUUCUAAAGUUUUAGGAACUGAAGAAUUAUAAGCUUAUAUUAAGAAAUAUAGAAUUAGAUUAGAUCCUGUAUUAGAAUCUAAAUUAGGAAAGUAAAUUAAUUAUAUCUAAUAUAUUAGUUAUCCAAAGAAAGAAUGGGUUAAAUUUAUUAAUGCAGAAAAUAAACAUUUAUGUAGUGAUGAGGCUAUUGAUAUACUCUCAAGAAUGCUUGUUUAUGAUCAUGUAAAACUAUUCUUUUAUUUCAGGCCCUUAGAAUCACACCAAAAGAUGCAAUGGAUCAUCCAUAUUUUUUACCUGUCAAAGGUAAAUGAUU